AGGGCCCGCUAUAAAACAAAGCCCGAGGUGUAAACUCAGGUUUUCCAGUUUGACAAAACCGAGCGCACCGUUUGUUUGGUCGUUUUUUUCCCCGUUUUCCACACACUCCGACGGAGGCCCACGGCAACCCCCCCAGACGCGAGCGGAGCGGCAGCGCUGGCGGACGCUGCUCGGCCCGCGGCAUGCACAGGACCCGCAGCUGAGCCAGGCCGCGCGCCGCCCCGGGGCCGGCACCAUGCCGCGCUGCUACCUCGUCAAAAAGGCGGCCACCAAGCACCCCGCGGGGCCGGCCUCGUCGGGACGCUGGCCGUACCGCGAGCCCCUCAGCCCCAGCGAGGCCGAGACGGCGCCCUGCGCUCCCCUCUUCGGCGACCAGGCCGCCGACGAGCGGCCCGCAAUCGUCACCUCGGCCGCUUUCGGGCGCACCAGCCCCACUGCCGGUUUCAUCCAUGACUACUCAACGGGCCAGCUGGCCCUGGGUGCGGAAAGCUUGGUGGCGCCCGAGCGGGCCGCCGCGUACAGCCCACUGCGCGAUGAGCCGCGGGUGCUGGACCUGAGCGGGCCCGAGUUCUACUCGCGACCUCCGCUGGGCUCGGCACCUCUGCCGCUGGCCCCGGUGCAGGCGGCCGAACCAUCGAGCGAAGGAGGGGCUCGCAGCAGCAGCCCGGCCUCCUCCUCGUGCUCGUCCACCUCGUUCGGCGCCGCCCGCAGUGGGGCCGUGACCGUGAGCUACACGUACGACGCCUUCUUCAUCAGCGACGGCCGGUCUCGGCGCCGCACGACCGUCUCGGGCCUGCCAGGCACCACGCGGCGCCCCGCCACCGAGGACCGGCCGCGCUACACGUGCGGCGAGUGCGGCAAGCACUACGCGACCUCGUCGAACCUGUCGCGCCACAAGCAGACGCACCGCAGCCCGGACUCGCAGCUGGCCAAGAAGUGCCCGACGUGCGCCAAGGUGUACGUGUCCAUGCCGGCGCUGGCCAUGCACGUGCUGACGCACAACCUGAGCCACAAGUGCCCCGUGUGCGGCAAGGCGUUCUCGCGGCCCUGGCUCCUGCAGGGCCACAUGCGCUCGCACACCGGCGAGAAGCCGUUCGGCUGCGCCCACUGCGGCAAGGCGUUCGCCGACCGCUCCAACCUGCGCGCCCACAUGCAGACCCACUCGGGCCUCAAGCACUUCCGCUGCGCGCGCUGCCACAAGUCGUUCGCGCUCAAGUCCUACCUCAACAAGCACCUCGAGUCGGCCUGCUUCAAAGACGGCGCGACGCCUUCGCCUCCUUCUCCGGCGCUGCCGCCCGCCGAACACCACCAGCUGGGUCCCGCCAUGGCCGCCGUUUUGGGCCUCACCACCUAAGACCUCUGGGCUCACUUCCUCCCGCGUUGCCGCCACCUCCUCCGUGAAGCGCUUGUCAUUUUUUUGUUUCUCCGCCCACUGAAAAGCUAAUCGAGGUAGGAAACAUACACACACCGAAAGCAGUUGCACUCACGCCUCGUUAACAAUGGCGUCCGUUCCCACAGGUGCGAAGUACGCGCGCGCGCGCGAGAAAAGAAACCGGUGCCCUUGUUCCUUUUUACGAGUUUUAAGAAGAAAUAAUCGCUUUCGCUGAGGUAACACUCAGGUGAGAUCAGUCGCUUCUAAAACGUAUGCAAAGUGCACUGCGAAACCCUGUAAACUUACUAAGUUAACCUUGUGCAAUUCUUUCACGAUCAACGUCUCUGACGGCGGCCGUGUGUACAUCUCUCGACCAAAAUAAUGCUGCAUGCUCGCGAAUUAGACGUGUUUUUGUGACUUACCACUACAUGUCCGCAAAACAACGAUAAAUACCUGGCGUUUCUCCAGUAAUGUGGUUAGACGUGCACAGGCAUUUCAUUCACUUUUGCUGCUAUGCAAACGUGUACACAGUGAUUCCCUCGUUUGCUACGUAGAGAAAUUGUUGUUGGCGUAAGGAAAUUUUAUCUUGCGCGGACUGCGGUAGACUUCAUAGUGUACAGGACUUCCCGGCUAUAUACAGCCUUCAUUUUAUAGCGCGGUCUAAAGACUACAUGCAUUAGGAUAGGAACAAAACGUAAAAGUUAUAUUUUAAUUACUCGCUGGCAGGAAAAUGUGAAACUCGUAGGGGUAUUGCGCAAUAAAACUAAAACUGCACUAGGCAACUGCGUAAUGCGAGAACACAACUUCAACGUGUUUCUAACAUCCAGAUUUUCUUCAUGCUUUCUGGGGCAUUCUCUAUUCUGAGAGUUAAUGAAGGAGAAAUUGUUGAAAAAAAAUUCGCGACACCACUUUUAUCUUAUUCUUUACUCCGCUUGAAUUUCUUGACGGCGCCUCUCCUGGCGUCUGUUGCCAAUCAUCCACUGGUGAGAGGGAAAAUUUUCGGCCUAGAGACCACCUCACCCGUUCAUCGUUCCUGCACACGGCUAUAGACAGCGCAUUGCGCGAGAUUCGUUUUCGUUUCAUGGGAGGGGGAAAGAAGACGGUGUGCGCAGGUCAAUACACAAGUUUCCGCGCAGGUGUUCAGCGACAAUCGAUGAAGGCAGCAUGGCGUAGCUUUUUGAACGCACUAUCCGUCCGUACAACACGAGCCCGCUAUGCUGUAGAGCGGACAACUUGAUUUCUUUGCGUUAGUUGGGUGUCGUUCUCCCUCUACCCGUAGUAGUAUCUUCCCGUCUUCCCUCUUCUAUAGGCUCCUCAUGACGUUCUUCCACAGAAGUUAGACUUCACCCCUCCCCACAGCGAAAAAAUAAAGGUAUUAUGUAGCAAGAGUCUUCCCCUUUUCAAAUCUGACAUUAAACUACCUAUUGUAUACUUUCAUGCUGUCAGCAAAAAAAUUGCAGAAUAGUUACGCGCUCUUUACGAGUUUCACCGUUCCAACAUUUUCUCGCAUCGCGUAGCCUGUACCAUAUUGCUACAAAGUUUUAUUUCGCUUGCGAAAAUUUACCUUCCGAAACAUCGCAUAUAGAAGUGGCAACACUUUUUUCUUCUGUUUUUCCCCAACUUCAUGACACUGGCCUGUGUGUAGUCGCUCCCGCUUUGAUACGCUACAUAAGUUCGAGGCGCGAUCAUUAUCCUCGACUCUAUUUUGAAUACGCAACUCGAACGGAAGUUAGAAGCCACGUGGGCUUCGUUCGCUUUUCCGCUCCGACUUCCACGCCGUGUGUCGAGAUCACGGGGAAAAAAAUGUAGCUUGUAUAUAAUGCGAGGUCGUAGAUACAGCCGCGUCUAACGCCAUAUGCGGACCACUUUUGAGGGUUGUUCAGUGAAACACGUUUCUUAACUACGUUGGAACCGACAACGCUUGACUCAAGCAGGUCGCUUUUGAACGGGACUUCCAAUUCAAUAUAACGGCAUCACAUCGGGUAGUGUGGGUGGGAGUUAUGGAACCGACGACACAGGGUUGAGUCACUGCAGAACAAUCGGUUUAGAGGGAAAUUACAAGUAUCGUUGGAGAAAGGAACCAAAGCAAGGACCAUUUUUCCAGCGUAUGAUUGUCUCCUAGCAAAUUGAGAAAAAUUCCAAUUUCUUUAAUUAUAUAGGGAUGCUAAAUUUCGUGCCCCAUUUUUUGAUGUGUAUUCUUAUUAGCAAGUAUUCCGACUCAGGUAUCGUCUCUGGCAAAGAAAUAAGCAGCCGUCGUAGUAAUUAUUUUUUGGUCACAAAUAACGCAGUUGAGGUGUUAGUCUUCAAGGCGUUCUAAUAUAGACAAGAGUACCUCUUCCUUCCUUGUCCUGAACAGGACAGAUAACUCUCAAUUUUCGACCCGUAUACUCGAGCCCGAAGGAAUUAAACUGAAACAAAGUGCAUACUUAGGGAGCACAGCCUAACGGUGCCCACUAGGCAAGUGGCGACUGAGCCACGUUGCGACUACUGGUAGGGAUUGAAUUUAAAAAAAAGAUGUGACAGCUUCUUAUGAGCUAUCAAAAGUCAGAGACACAACUGUUGCCACUGCGUCAGGUGUCGAAGUCGUUUGUACAUUUGUAUAUAGAAAUGUAGCUAGACUUACCCGUAGAAGUAGUAAACCUGUGAGAUCUAUCAUGAGUAACAUUCAAAGAGGUGCAGGCGUACGUACAAGAAGCACUUUGCUUCGCUUACUUUUUUUUCCGCUGAAAGAUAUUUCCCAUUCAUAUAGAAUUAGAGCAAACGCUAAGCUUAUGUUACUCCAUUUAAGCGAGAAAAAUGGCAAGUUGGCGUCGAGCAAUGUUCCAUUAGAGCCACCCGAUAAGGCUCGUAUGAUGGCUGGUGCUGAUGCAUGCAAGAAAAUAGCGCGAUAAGCGGGAGUUACGAUCCUAUGAUAUGAAGUGCCACUCAAUUAUACUCCGCAAACGUGUUCGACCACACCGCUUGCUCUUCGUAGUGUUAACUGCGCAAAACGUAGAAGGGACACGAGAUGAGAAGACGGCACCACAGCGCUUGUGGUGCCGUCUUCUCGUAUCGUGUCCCUUCUACGCUUUGCGCUGUUAACACCAGGACGGAAAAAACCAACAAGCCCAAGCUGCUAUUUUAUGCUUGCUCUUCGGCAGCCGUUAUUCACCCCGAAGCACAUGAGCGCGGAAGUGGACUCGGCGAAGCUGACUUCCACAACAUUCGGCAGCAAUACGUAUCUGAGCAAAAAAAAAAAAAAAAAAAACAAAUUGCACGUCUGGAGCACAGUGCCGUUGGCAGUGCUGCAGGAGGCAGUUGAAGGCUCGGAGCGGUACCUAAAGCUCGUGCUUAGCUCUAAGAGCGACGAUUAAGCCUAUUACUCUAAAUUUUCGCUGUCGAUCCAAUUGGUGAUGCUAUUUCAAUGAGCCUGAAUGCUUAUGAAGAGAAGUCUGCUGCAGACGUCAACUACGAUUGUCUCAGUAGUAGUUGUGACACCAGACUCAUUGGUCAACUGCUUUGUGCUCCCUCGUACCGUCCGCACCGUAGAUGUACGCUCGUUUUGUUCGACUGCUUUAUGAUAUUAUAGAUAAUUAUGAUAUUUCGAUUUCAUUUGACGUUUUGCGCAUAUACCAGCCUGCUAUGUCUGUUUAUGUACUUAUUUUCUGCAUAACGGUGCCUUUUGUAUUACAGCUGUUACUUUAGCUUUGUUUUCUAUCUGCUUAAAACCGGUUUCUCAGCAAUAAAUAUGCAGACAGUUUUAUGCGAUUCCAUAAUAAACGAAACCGUAAAAUUGGCUGUUGGGCAGUAUAUUUAUUAGUUGCAAUCCUUCCCCAUGAAAAAUAUCAAAUCAAUAAUAAUAAUGUGCAAAUACUCUUUCUUUUCUUAGGUAAGAGCGCGUUCGAUAUGUCUUAGCUAAUGUAUUGAGGCCACGGUUUUGUACAGAUUGAAAAGGAUCCUGCGUCGUUACAAGGGUUAAUAUUUUGUAAUUCAGAAAAAAAAAAAACGCCAAUAUUGCGCUCAAUAAAUCUUGGUCGUUGACCGAGCCUCCACGUUUCAAACGAACUACAUUGCGUCAGCUAUCGACGUCUUGGUAUGUGGCGGAACGCAGUAUUUGUGGUGUAAAGUAGAGUAUCGUUGUUGUGGUUAAUAAAGGUGUGCGAAUGGCUUCAGUUUCCGGACUGAUCGGACAAUAACAUGGAUGUAGCUUGAUAAGACGAGCAAUAUUCAGCAAGCGAGGUGUAUAUUUACACUGUGGCUAUAUGCGUAAAAGGUGCACUAUGUGCGCGUGGCGCAGAUUAUAUUAGCCGCGUCGAGCUGUUUGAUACGAAUCAGAUCAAAUUGCAAGCCAAUGAUAAUUUACUCUCCUCUGGCUCAUCACAACAAUACAGCACCUGCCGGCAGUUGAGGACGCGUGGUCGAUGCUUCUAUAACUUCGCUUUUUUUCUUCUUUUAUCUGCAUGGAACCAGUUGAGCUCAACAUAAUCAGCUUUCAUUCGCAACAUAAUAGAGCAUAACAUUGCGCGAUAUCUAAAGAAUACUCCCGCAGAAGCAGAAACAAUAAUUUAUUGGGACCGAAUAACGGGGCACGAAAAUCAGUUGACGCAGUAAAGAUAACCAGCCUAACGAUACAGGAAGUAACACGACCAGCACGAAGAAGAAAACCAUACACUCGAAACAUUAGGUGUCCAGCAAUUCAUGUGUCCAGUCAUGACAGUCGCGUUCGCUGUGUCUUGAGAGUCUAUUCCACCAACUCGCUCAAAGCUACACCCUGCUCAAAGGUAACCAAAGGGUCAUGUAGCCUAAUGCUAACGCAUUUGCGUUAUGUUGGGAAAAAUAUUCUUGGAUGUUGAACAGAACAGAUAAAAGUGAACUGAAUGAAUGCAAAUAAAAACCUCUUGAAUAAGAAAUGUUACUGAACUCUAAAAAGCAAUGUAGAAUACGACCUUUAAGGUGUUCAACGUUCUAGUCAAAACAUAGUAUGUGUUCAAAGAACACCAGCAGCAGUGCUCAGCCUCAAGCAAAGGGACAGAGAGCUCAGAUGACUUUCAUGCGAGCACUUCAAUACAAGGUCGCCUUUCAACGCGUUAGUGGUGGCCAACAUUCGCACAUCUUUACGUGACCUGCUGUAUCUGCUGUAGUAUAGUUCACAUAGCAAUAACCUGGCUAAAACGUGCAAUCUUCGAAAACAAAGUGCAUUAGCGCUAUAUAGACAUCACGUAGUCUCCUAUGCAAUCCCGACAAAGAGAGAGACCGAGCUGUUCCACACGCUAGAAAGUCCUCGCUCCCUCGGGGACCGCUCGUACACGCUCGGAUCCCUUCCCGGGUCCGACCCCGGCUGUGUUCUCCUUUAACUCUGCAACGACCGCUGUCUAGUUUUGGGUGUUACUGAUGCUGCAUCUGACUUUCUAGCGAAGGCCCUCCCGGUGUACCGCGAUGGAAUCUUCGUUCCCGCGGUCCCGUAGUCAUUGCCAAGCGCGCUCUUGUAUCGAGAAGCUAGGAAAUAGUGCUAGGCGUGCCUCACCGUUUUGCAGUAGACAGCCACCGGAGAGGCUUUUGGUUCGACCCUUCGCCGGAGCGAAUCGCCCCGGCGGCUAGACAGCUUCCCAACUACAGUCGUCUUGCCACAAAGCAAUCGACAUAUUCGACCAGCAAUAAUACAUUGUACAGUUUGUCGCGCAGUACACCACUUUGCGCUUGCGAAUAGGUGUAGCCAGGGCGCAGUGGAUGCUUGGCUUAAAGCAUCGCGCGCGGUUGUGUAUAGUCCUCGACGCCUGUGCGCCGCUUUCCCAGCAAUGAUGUAUACCGCUGAGACAGCAAGCGGUGUGAUAGGAAACGCUUUGCUUUCUUUGCCACUGUACAGAUGGUUAUACAGGCACUACUUUAUACUUCAAAGUAGAGACAAUCGAAAUAGAAUUGUGUCUAGUGCCGACGAGAAUGUACCGUGUGGCUUCUGCUUUGUACAAAUGCUUCGUAAACGUCUGUUUUUGUAAAUACGCGCCGGAAUGCGAGUGGUUCUCGUUUUGUGCUUGUGCCGGUGUGCUUUCGUGUUACGGUUUCUCUCUUCGCUAAUGCGGUUCGCCUACGUCAGCUGUAGUAUACGUCUGGAGUGGCGAUUUGAAGUGCAUUCACAAUCUCCGAUACUUGGCUGGCUCUGCCAAUGCGUGCUGCUAUUACUCCGUCGUUCAGUAUUCCUUCGCUGCUUAUGAGUUCAAAGGUAUGACGAGCGUCUUUGGUUACUAAAUCUUCGGUUCACGUUCAAUAGGGAAACCGGGAUCGUUGAACUAAUCCGAAUCGAUGAGAAGGUACCCAGUGCUCCCAUUUUAUUUUAAGAGCAACACAUAAAUUACAUUUGCGAUGCAUUGGGAAACUUGAGCUUUGUAAUUUCACAAAUGUUUAUGCUGACUUCUCACCGAUAUCGAGCACUAUCAGUGCUAAACGCCAGAUCUGAAAAAUCCAGUGGAUGAGAAGGGGAGAAUUACGGCGAAAGCUACGUAGUUGUUUUUCCACAAAUAGCCACACCAUUAAACCGAAAUCCCAGCAGAUAACCUAAAUGUCACAGUGAAAUACGGGGAAUGUAAGGAAAUCUACUCGCACAUUUGCAGCUAGAUUUCAAUCAAUGAGGUAAAACGCACAAAUUAAGCACUGCAUGCUAAUACUUAACUUAGUUGCAUGUGCAACUGCGCUAAAAAAAGAAAAAAGAAGAAAAACCAGGAGCUAAUCACUACAUAAUGUUAUGCAAAGAAGUUUGCACCUGUGUUGGGUGCGAUAUGUCCCGCUGUUUGAGCACAAUAAGUCAGGAUGAUGGCAGCCUACCCAUGACAGCAAAUGACACAGUCUUUGAGUUAGGUGUCUUUUAUGAAAGCAAUAUGCAUAAACGCUGAUAAAAAAGCCGUAUACAUGGCUGCGUUACUUUUGAAUACUGGCCAGCGUGGGGUUGUUGAAUGACGCAGCAAGAAAGUGGCAGAAGUCAAGCCAAGUCACUCUGCGCGCUUUAACGUGAACUGACUAUAUAGAGCGCUUCGCCGCUAUGUCGCUAACAUCGCUCUUACUGUUAUAGAUUUGAUGAACGUAUAUGAAUAGUAGUUACAAAGUGUGUUCGUGCGUGUUACAUAGGGCAUUCUGACUGCGCUAUUUUUUCUUCGCGAAGUUCUCUAGCGGUGGACGUGUCCUGUUGAGGUCAAGCAGCAACGCUUUCAGCUUGAUGAAACUUUAAAUGUUACGCUCAUUUGAGCAGCCUAUCCGUGGCUAUAGAGCGAGGAACUGCCAUGUAAUUUGAUAUGCUAUAUAAUCCUGCUUCGAAGGCGUUAGGUAAUCCAUUGCGGCAGAAACAUUGUAUAUCUCGUUUAUUAGAGGAAUCAAACACUUCAAAUGCCCUGAGCAUAACAUCUUUCUCGUUCACUUUGCUGUCGAACGCCUUUCGCGCUAUCAGCAGAAGGCUUAAGGUUAUGUAAUAAAGCUGAUCAUCUAUUUCGUUUAACAACUACUUGGCGAGCGGGUACUUGAGCAUGAAACGGCAGCUUACUCUAUUUGAGCCUCUGUUCGGAACCUUUCGUUUGUGUAGCAUGAAAUAGAGUUCGAAGAGACAUAACCAAAUGUACGCCAGUAGGGACUGUUCCCGGUCAGCAGUAAAGAUUUCAGUGGGUAUUACUGAGCUCCAAAUUAUGCACAAUCAUAUGAUGUUAAAGCAUAUGGUGUCAAUCCCGAAAAUUAAAGCGACGCGUUACAAAAGUAAAUACAAUUUGAAAUGACAUUCUAAGCAAUAGUAGGAAUAAAAUGUGGGAAGAUUCAGACAUUUUUCAUGCUUUCUUAGAAGGAAAUUGGAAAAUAAUUACAUUAUCACACUAUAUUUACUGUAUUUCCCAGCUUACCGAAAUUGCUACGUAAAGAAGAUAUGGAGUUAGGCAAAAAAAAAAAAAAAAAGCCUAGACUGGUAACAAUUGGUUACUUCGGAAAAUUAGCAAAUAGGAAGGAAGAUUGUGUGAUAUUGAUCUCAUUUUUCACAACGCCAAAAGCACCAAUAGAAUAGCUCGCUGUGCUAUUGGCUGUGUACAUAGUGCUGUCCUUUGUGAGUUACCAGCUUGAAGGAAGCAUUGCUUGGCGACUGUUCGCAAUAACAUUUGCGCGCACAUAAAAAGAUGUAUAACUGCUUUGUAACCACUUUCAGCCCCGCCUACUUCAGAAGAUCGCAUUGAACCGGUUGUGUAAACACUGUAGUCCCUACGCUGUAAAGAAAGCGCAAGCAAUAAAUAAAAAAUGCUAAAGUUGACUCGCCAACCCUAUACGUAUCCAUGGCGCUUGUACCGUGCGCCGCCAUCUGCUCCUCACUCUGUUAAUCUACACAGUUAUGUUUCCCGAGAGCUUCUUGCAAUCGCAUGGCCUGCGGCAUUUGUCAGUGAGCAGCAUACAAAUCUGACCGAUAACGGCUACAGGAAAUUAUAAGUCGUCGAUCUCAAACAGGGGGUCUUUUUGCAGCAAUAAAUAAUAUUUAAUGCAUUGACAACACCUGUACCUUAAGCUAAAGCAAUAAUUUUACCGCUUGCGUACCUUCGAACACGCAUAAGCUAUGCGACUUUUGGUAGUUUUUGCUUUUACGCCUGUAAGCUGGCUAUGCAUGGACGACUGCAUAAUAAGAGGCGUGCAUUCGUUGUUUUAUUAAGGCUUAAAGAGAACGUAGGCGAUGCGAAAAGAGACUAAGCAAUAAGGCUGCUUGAUUGCUGCCAAAAAGAGCGAAAUGGUUUCGUUUUGAGCGUUUCUCUUCUUGUAGUGUACAUCUCUCUUCUAGACUGCAUGAUAUUCAAUUGUACUUCUGCUGUAAGACUCUAUUGCAUGUGUAGCAGUGCACUGUAUAAAAACUAAAUUCGUCUAGUUUUUAUUGUAGGUGCAUGUCUUUGACAAAAUAUAACGACUAGGUCGCACUAAUUGCGACCUUCGCUUCAGGUUUGACAUCAACGAAAGUCCUUCACGUGGAGUUCUGGUGCAUGUUGCCGACUGAAGUUAGUCUUCAGACUACGGCUUCUUUGUGUCCGUGUCCAUGCCAGUAUUAAACUAAGUGCUAAUAAAAAAAUGUUGGUGUUAGCGUGUUCAGAGUGUUGUUUUCGAGAGUUCCGAAGCAGUCUUCACUGCUGAGGCGCUGUUAUUCAUAUUUCUGUCAAUAUCAAGCGCCUAAAGAGAGAAAACAAAUACUCCUAAAAUACAUGAGCUCACAUGUUCACAAAAGUUUGAAGAUUCAUGUGUUAAUAAUAAAAAUUGGUAAAUACUGUACUGUGAGGCAGAGGCACAGCCAGGAACGUGAAUUGGAAGAUAUUCGUGAUUCCGGAAUUCACGGAAAGGGGAGUCCUAAAUAAAACGUCAGACAUAUUCUAUAAAUAUACGCAUAAAAAGUGUCAGUAAUACAAGAAAAGAACCACUGCGAACAAAACUGAGGAAAAUUUACCAUUACCGAGAGAAAUGUGGUCUUCCACACUCCCCAUGACUGGCUUCGCCACUGCUUGUUGAACGUUUUAGAAAAUUAUGUGGAGAACCUUACAUUAAAAAAAAUCAAGGAAAUAAUUUUUUUCCUGUUUUACGAACGACGACAGAAAGUGUACUAGUUAUGGUGCGCAUUUCAGAAAAUCGAUUUUCUCCGAUAUUGUUCAUCUGAGAUUUCACGGCACUUGGCCGGGUUCUAUUCCAACAAAUGCGAUAAUGUGAAGCCCAGGUAAUUCUCACAUCUCCGAAAGAGCCUAAAAUAUUGCUUUGUACCCUGUUUUGUGUGGAUUUUAUUCAUGCUUGAGACCCAGGUUCUUGUGUAUCAUUGAAUACAUAUGUACAGGUAAUUAAAGUUACUGUUCUCGGUUUUCCGUUCAGUGUAAUUAUACAUAAUAAAAUAAACGCUAAUAUAUUGUGUUCGAUAAAACUGCGGCAGAGUAAUGUUCACUUUUAAGAAUAUUUAUUUUAGAGACAAGAUGUCUCGGUUAUUGUUUUGAAAGGUGUUUUACAAUUGUUUUGUGAAUUCCUUGAAAAAAGAGCGAAAUAAAUAGUCUUUGAACAUA